AGUGUCUCGUUCUCCGAUCGUUCGUCAACCAUGUCCCGUGGAAGACAUAUUUUGGAGCUGUCCGAGGAAGAAAGCCGUCAGUUUCUUGCAUCGUUCGAUACGGCCGUCCUGGACUGUGAUGGUGUGCUCUGGUCGGUGUACGAUUCGAUUGAAGGAGCCGAUGCGGCACUGAAGUUGCUUCAGGGUAGCGGCAAAACGGUAAAGUUCAUCACCAACAACAGCGUGCGGCCGUUCGUGAGCUAUCGCCAGCAGCUGCAGGCGCUCGGGUUCGCGGUGCAAGAGGGUGACAUCAUACAUCCGGCCGCUUCGAUCGUGCGCUAUCUGCGGGCGCGCGCGUUCGAGGGGCUCAUCUACUGCCUGGGGACAGACAACUUCAAGGGCGUGCUGCAGCAGGCCGGCUUCCAGCUGCUCGACGGACCGACGCAGCCGCUGCCGGAGUCGUUCCAUCAGAUCAUCGCCACCGUCGACGACCGGGCCCCGGUCCGGGCGGUGGUGGUGGACGUCGACUUCAAUGCGAACUAUCCGAAGCUGAUGCGCGCGGAGAUGUACCUGAAGCGCCACCCGGACUGCCUGCUGAUCGCGGGGGCACCCGACAAGACGAUCCACGUGAAGCCGGGUUGCGACAUGAUAGGGCCGGGUGCGUUCGUGGAGCUGCUGGAGAAGGCGGUCGGCAAGCGGGCGAUCGUGCUCGGCAAACCCGGCUACCAUCUGCGGACCAUCGUGCGGGACCAGUACGAGCUGGGGCAGCCCGCGAGAACGCUGCUCAUCGGGGACAUGCUCGAGCAGGAUAUGGCGUUCGCUUCGCUGUGCGGAUUUCAAAAGUUGCUCGUCCUCUCGGGCGGCACCUCCAAGGAGCAGAUGCUGCGCUCCGAAAGUCCUCUACAGGAAGCGGAUUACUACGCUGACAGCUUAAAAGAUUUCGUACAGCUGUACGCAAAGGCUUACAGUAGAAAAUAGCGAGUCGUUUUUAACUCCACAUUGGCACUUGCACUUGUCGCUAAUCUCACAAUAGCACGAGCCUGUUCGUUUCCUAUGAUUAACGAUGAUUAAAAUGAAAACGAAUAUCUUUUUAGCAUAGAUAAAAUAUACAGAAAGUGAUACAUUUAUAUACGGUUCAAAGACCGUGUCAUUUUCUAAUCUUAUUGGCUAGUUCAAACGCGUAUGCGUUGUCAUGGACAAAAAUCAUCAAUUCAAGCACCAUUUAGGGCAGUGAUGUCAAACAUGCGGCCCGCGACCCCUUUGAAACAUGGAAAGUAUAACCUAUUUUGCGAGGAAAUGCGGCCCGCGAGAUCAAUUGAUUUUGACACCACUGAUUUAGGGGAUCUUUUCUUUCCUCUUGCACAAAUAAAUAGAUAAGUU